GUAGGAAGCAAUGAGUUUAAGAACAAUGAAAUACAAGGUCAUUAUAUGGCAAGCACUUCUUGAUGCCGUACGUACCCAAGUUGAUCUGGUCUUUGCCAGCCAUAUGGCACACCAGUCAACUGGCAUCAUGGGAUGCCACACAAAACUUUCUUCCAACUUGCAAACCUUCAAAUUAAUGAUUGCGACCCUUCUGAUCAACUUAAUUUAUGCAAGAGUAUAUGGAGGGAGAUUCUAGGUCAACUUCUUCGAGUCUUUUGAUAAUUCACAAACUGAAUUAGCAUUUUAGCACCAACUGAAAAUGUCCAAUCAUUUUUAAAAUUCCGGGAAGGCGUUUGCCAAACUGGAAAAUAAGGAGUAAUCUUAUACUAAUCAUUCUGUCCAAACUGAAAUCAGAUUCCCCAAAAAUGGAGUUUUUCAACAAGGCCAAAACCGUGAGGCUGAAAAGUCAUCUCGACAAAUUUCUGGUGGCCGAUGAAGACGAGCAAACAGUCCGGCAAAGCCGUAACGGCGUCGAGAAGAAAGCUCGGUGGACGGUGGAAUUCGUGGAAAGAAAUCCUCACCUGAUCAGGCUAAAGAGCAGCUACGGUAAAUACCUCACAGCUUCAGAUGAGCCCCUUUUUCUUACAGGUAAAAAAGUGGUGCAAACCAAUCCAGAAUACAAGAAAGAUCCUUCCAUAGAAUGGGAGCCCAUAAAAGAUGGGUACAAAGUAAAGCUGAGAACAAAAGAAGGGAAAUUCCUGAGGGCUAAUGGAGCUACUCCGCCAUGGAGGAACUCCAUAACUCAUGAUCUCCCCCACAGAACAGCAACUCAAGAUUGGGUUUUGUGGGAAGUUGAUACUAUGGAAAUCUCAACUCAAGAUCAUCAGAUUGAAUAUUUACAGAAUAGCUGUGAUUCGCCUUCUUCAAGCAUUUCUUCGUUUUCAGACGACUUUUCCGGUUCAAGCAGCAUUCGUUCUGUUUCCAGUCCCUCUGGAAGUUGUAAAGCAUCAGUCUUCACCAAUGGUGAAAUUUCAUCCAGUCCCGCAGCAAGCUCUAAGGCAUUGAACUUCACCAAUGAGAGGAAUUCACCAUUAAGUUUAUCCAACAAGAAGAACACAUCUCUAAUCAUAAGAGGCAGUAAAAGACAGGAAGGAAUGGAGUUUUUUGACAAAGCUAAAUCCGUAAGACUACAGAGUAGUCACGGGAAGUAUUUAGUCGCCGACGAAGACGAAGAAACAGUUAAACAGAGCCGAAAUGGAGCUUCAAAGAAAUCGCGAUGGACGGUCGAAUUCGUGGACGGAAAACCAAAUGUAAUCCGACUCAAGAGCUGCCACGGCCGAUACUUAACGGCAGUAGAUAAACCAUUUCUUCUAGGAGCCUCCGGGAAAAAGGUUCUCCAAACUAUUCCGGCCAAAUUGACGGACACAAGCAUUGAAUGGGAGCCGGUAAAGGAAGGACUCCAUGUGAAACUGAUGACAAACAGAGGGAAAUUCUUGAGGGCUAAUUGGGGUCCCCCGCCGUAUAAGAACUCUGUAACUCAUGAUAUUCCGCACAGAACAGCAACCCAAGAAUGGAUUCUUUGGGGUGUGGAUAUUGUGGAUAUUACACUUUCGGAUGCAGAAUCAGAGGAGAGUUCUUUGUCCCCUGCUUCAAGCUUUAAUUCCCUGCAAGAAGAAUAUCCUUACUCGCCUUCACCUGAUACUGGAUCGCCAGUGCCUGGCUUCACUCCAAGGACGAGCUUCAGCGUCGAUUGGCAGAGGGAUGCUAGAAGUAUUGGAUACAGCCGCAUGAGGGACAAAAGCUUAGAUUUUUACCAGCAAGAGGAUGCGGCAGUUAGUAUUGGAUCUCCGAAACAUGAACAGAAACAGAGUCCCGGAAUGGAGUUCUUCAAGCGAGCUAAAUCAGUUAGGCUGAAGAGCCAUCACGACAAGUUCUUGUUAGCCGAUUCCGAUGAAGAAACCGUGACCCAAGACCGUUCCGGCACAUCCAAGCAUGCCAAGUGGACGGUCGAGUUCGUGGAAGGAGUUGAAAAUGUGGUCCGAUUGAAAAGCUGCUACGGCAAAUACCUAACAGCUUCGGAUGAGCAUUUCCUUUUAGGGGUAACAGGGGAAAAGGUGAUUCAAAGUCUGCCCAGAAAAUUGGAUUCCAAGGUUGAAUGGGAACCCAUCAGGGAAGGAGUUAAAGUGAAACUCAGAACCAGAUAUGGGAAUUUUUUGCGAGCAAAUGGUGGCCUACCGCCAUGGCGAAAUUCAAUCACCCAUGAUAUUCCUCAUAGACAUCAAGAUUGGAUUUUGUGGGAAAUUGAUGUUGUUGAGAUUCGCCCUGAAACCCCCAAAAAAGUCGAGCGAUCUGAAUCGUUAGAUGAUGAUUUAAGCAAUUUUCAUCUCAGAACCCCUUCUCAACAAGAGACUCUUGAAUCGUUUGGUGGUUCGCCGAUGAAAUACGAAGGCAGGAUGAUAUAUUAUCAUGUUGCGGAUGAUGAUGGAAAUGUCAAUGAUGCAGUUGAAGGGCAGUCAUUUAACUUCAAAGGGCACAAUGUGGAGGAAUUGACUCGAAAGUUAGAGGAAGAAACAGAACUUCAGAGUAUCACUGUUUGUUCAAAGAACAAAAUCAAUGGAAAGCUUUAUCCUCUCCGGUUAGGCCUUCCUCCCAACAAUGCAACUAUGCACGUUGUCGUUGUUCCUUCAACCUGCAAAGGUUAGGUUCUAACUCAAAUCCCUAUCCUUUUCUUUCUGUUGCAUUAACUGUUGUUAUCUCUGUCUAGUCUCAAUCAAACACGAUUGGCGAUAUUCGCUUAAAUUCAAUCACCUAGUUUGGUGAAGGCUUAGUAUAUCUGGUGUUUGUAUAGCUAUCUAGGUUAGAUUAUGUUCUAUACCAGGUUUUCUCAUUAAAUACAUACAUGAUAGAGAAAUAUUUUGCACACUUGAUGUCUAAGCUAAAAAUUUUAUCUUUAGCCUAAAAUAUGCCCUGCCUUCAAAAGCAACAUAAUCCUCCAAGCAGUUUGUUAGGCUUCCCAACCAGAAAGAUUUGGAGGAACUUUUGCUCCUAACCAUUUCCUUUGAUUGAAUCAGUGCUGCUCAUUAGGAAGUUCACUGAGAAGUGUUAGAUAUACCAGUUCACUAAUGUACUCCCUCCGUCCCGAAAUUAUUGUCCAGUUUGGAUUUUCAGUUAUAGUACAAAUUGAACUAAAAAUGAAAAUCCAAACUGGACCAUAAUUUUAGGGACAUAGGGAGUAGAUAACUGUUUCACUUGAUCUAUGCUGUUCAUUAGUGCUUGGUUAGGAUGUUUUAUUUUGUACUGAUUGCAAUUUUCUUUUCUCUUGUUAGUGGAGUUCUCAUGACCAAGGAAAAACAUGUUCCAACCGAUUUCCAUGUUGAAAUAGAAAUGGUGAUGAUCACGCCGACCCGGUGCAACCGAAAUUCUGGUGAAAUUGCUGAGAGCUCCAUUGGUUAUAGAAGAUCAACGCAGUUCUGUUCUGUUGUAAUCAUUUCUUGGAUUGGUUUUUGCAGUAGUCUCUGCGAUGAUAACUUUAGGUUUUGUGAAUCCUGUUUUCUUAACGUUGAAGAAUAACAUUGAUGAUGAUGAUCAUGUUUCAGCAUCUUAUCAACAGAUGCAAGAAGAUGUACUAGAAAACUGAACUCUGAACUUGAUUGUGGAAACAAAAAAGGAUUAAAAAACGAGUGCAAAAGGGCGCUUGAGAUUGAAAUUUUUAGACACUUUGGUCUUGACUGCUAGUUUAAACAACAUACAGUAAGCAUUUCUGAGACACCUUGUGUCUUCUAUUCAUAGUGAAAUCAUGGCCGUUACCAAAUGAUUGUUUUGCUUUGAUGUUGAUUUUAAAGCCUUUUGUCUUGCAUUGAAGUCUCUUCGUCCCAAAAUAAAAACCCAUUUAUAUUUGUUAGUACUAUAUUUUAUGGCUAACAAAAAUGAUUCUUAUUUUGAGAUGAAGGAAAGAGAAUG